GAAACACGCAAGCUGCCCGAGAGGAGCGUCGCUGUCGUCUUUCGCUGGCGAGGGCGGUCGACGCGCGCGCCCUCACUCGCGCGUGCAUCGAAGCACGUUCCUCUUUCUGAGACGACUGCCUCCAAGGAGGCGUCGACCGUGCCGUCCGUUUCCACCACGCCAUGUUCGCCUGCGCACGGCCAGCCAAGAAAGCGAUUUCUGGUAGACGAAAAUUUGUGUUUCUCGAGAGAGAUUGCCAGUGCCGACCCUUUUAAAAACCCCGCAGUACUUGGGACGAUGUGCCGCGCGACCACCCCAUUCGUGCCGUCAAAGAGCGAGUCGACCUGCCCGUCGGAUACUUUAGACAACAGGACGCAGUCCACCUCAGAAAGUGAGCGCUCUGCUUUUUCGUAGUGCUGUUCGCGCUGUUUCUUCAUCACGCCGUUUAUAUGACGCAGGUGGAACGAAUAGUCACAGAGUACCUUGCUCGUUUUCCCUGUAGAUCCGGCACCGAGGAGCAGUAUGGGGAGCGCUAACAUCUGCUCCUAGAACUUUCUGAUUUAAUACGUAACGCCGGCUACGUGCCGAUGACUGUGCCGCGAAAAGUAAACGGCGCGUGGGCCGCGGCGACCUACAAUAUUCGUGCGGUCGGCAUCAAUUCGGCAGCGCUUGGCACGAGCAUUGAAAGACUCGGCCACAGCAUCAGUGGCCGCACACGAUGGACAGAGAGAGGAUGGCCAGUCUGCUUCAGAUUUGCUGCUGUCCGUGCAUGACAGUUAGUGUACACAGCUGCAGAAAUGGAUGUUCGGGACCCUACUCCGGGCGACAGCUGCAUGAGCAGGCCGACUCAAGAAGGAACAGCCAUUCAAUCACAGAUAUGCAAACGCUGGCCAACACACAAGCAGAAGCGGCCACAGGAGACAGUGAUGUGGACGAGCAAGCUCAAGGGUCCGUCUACACGCGCAAAAGAGGGCGACAUGUGCAAGCUGCCCCCAACAGGAAUCGGAGGCCUCCAGGUUAUGAGGCUUCAACUUUUGAGAAGAACAGAGGACCGUGAGUUCAUUUUCUGCCAGAGAGAUAUAGAACUCCAGCAGGGAAGGCUGGACUAUGACGAAAGGCUCUUGGCCCUAGAAGAACACAAGAAGGCGUCGAUAGAAGGGAGGCAGAAACUUGGCGCUCAGUGUCAUGAGGAGUAUAUAAAAAAUGCUGCACAGCGUUAAAACUACGCCCGAGGAGCAGCAAGAAAGAAUACAGACCUUUUCAAUAAAGUGAUUACGCUGUGUUGGAGGAAUUGACUCAGUUCUGUGGCCUAAAAUAAUCCUUCACCUUUGGGGGGUUAAACUCUUAAGUAUUGCGAGACCUGUGAACCAUACAUCCAGGAGCGUUAAUUUGAAAGUAUAAUACCAACUUUACGCACCCGUGAAACAUUUAGCCGCUUUAGCUUC